UUCCAACGAAACCAAAACGAAACGGAAACGCGCUCCCCGUCGUCGCCCUCCCCCCUCCUCCUCCGCCUCCUCCGCCGCGGCGCAAACCCUAACCCUAGCAAUCCCACUCCCUCCCCCUCCCCCUCCCCCUCGCGGCUUCCCCGAUGGGCGCCGUCACCUCGACGGUCGCGGCCCGCUUCGCCUUCUUCCCGCCCAGCCCGCCGUCGUACGGCCUCGAGGCCCCGGCACCGCCACCGGCACCGGCCGGGGAGGGGGCGGGGGCGGAGGGAGGAGGAGGGGUGGUGGUGGAGCUGACGGGGGUGCCGAGGAGGGGGAACGUGGAGGCGAGGCGGCUGCGGACGAAGCGCGGGACGGAGGUGGUGGCGAUGUACGUGCGGCAGGCGGGGGCGCGGCUCACGCUGCUCUACUCGCACGGCAACGCGGCCGACCUCGGCCAGAUGUUCGAGCUCUUCGUCGAGCUCAGCGCCCACCUCAACGUCAACCUCAUGGGCUAUGACUAUUCUGGCUAUGGGCAAUCUUCUGGGAAGCCCAGCGAGCAGAACACUUACGCUGAUAUAGAAACUGUUUACAGAUGUCUUGUAGAAACCUAUGGAGCAUCCGAGGAAAAUAUCAUUCUUUAUGGCCAAUCAGUGGGUAGUGGUCCUACUUUGGAUUUAGCCUCCCGUUUGCCUCGUUUGAGGGCAGCUGUUCUUCAUAGCCCAAUUUUGUCUGGCUUAAGAGUGAUGUAUCCUGUAAAACACACAUAUUGGUUUGACAUAUACAAGAACAUUGACAAGAUCCCAUUAGUCAGGUGCCCUGUAUUAGUGAUUCAUGGUACAGCUGAUGAGGUCGUCGACUGUUCCCAUGGGAGGGCAUUGUGGGAGCUUGCUAAAGUAAAGUAUGAGCCUCUAUGGGUCAAAGGAGGAAACCACUGUAAUUUGGAACUGUACCCGGAGUACAUUAAGCAUCUAAAAAAGUUUGUUGGGGCCAUUGAGAAAUCGCCACCCCUUUAUGAUGAAUCUCCACAGAGCUCAGGUCCAUCCGAUAAUAAUACUCAAACAGAUCCUGAAGGCACAGAAGACUCGAAGAAAAGCACAGACUGCAGGGAGAAAACAAGGCCAAGCAUAGAUCACAGACAAAGCACAGAUAGUCGGGAGAAACCAAGGGGCAGCACAGAUAGGAGAGAUAAAAACAGGAAGAGUGUGGACCAACCACGGGCUAGUGUCGAUCAGCCUGACCGGCCAAGGAAAAGCGUUGACCGCUUUGGCGGGGUGAUGAAGUCCGUCAGAUAUAUCGACUGUUUCAGAGUAACAACUGCAUCUGGGAGCUGAGGGGGAAAAAAACCGAAAAGGUUAGCGUUGGGGGGUUCGUCUGUAUGUAGUCCAUUUGUAUAACUUAAUUCAUUCGGGUGAUUGGUUUGGUCGCUGGAGGUGUGCCUCACAACAAUGGGGGGACUUGUAAUGUUUCUCUUGAUUUUUUUUCGAGAUGAAAUAAUUAUUUGUUCAUAAGCA